UCAAAUUUCAUGUACGUAAAACCAUUGCCCUCUCUAACUCAUAUCGGCAGAUAUUAUGUCCGCAUCAUAAAGGACUUGUCAGUUGUCAAAUAAAUCCCAGCUGGAUCAACAGUGCUUGUUGGUGGCUUUGGAUUAUGCGGUAUUCCAGAGUGCAGCAUCAAUGCCUUAAAGGAGGCAGGCACAAAGAAUAUCACUGUAGUCAGCAAUAAUUGUGGCACUACAGAUCUAGGAUUAGGAUUACUGCUAAAUAAUGGGUAAUUGAAGAGAGUGAUAGCCUCAUAUGCAGGAGAAAAUCACAAUUUGGCCAAAUAGUACUUUGAUGGAACUUUGGAGUUAGAAUUAGUCCCUUAAGGCACCUUGGCUGAAAAAUUGAGAGCUGCUGGUGCUGGUAUUCCUGCAUUUUACACACACACUGGAACGGAUACAGUUGUAGAGAAAGGUGGAAUUCCCAUCAAAUAUAGCAAGGGUGGAAACUCAGUUGAAAUUGAAUCUAAACCAAAGCCUGUUGAAUAUUUCAAUGGCAAGAAGUACAUUAGAGAAGAUUCUAUUUGGGGAGACUAUGCCUUGAUCAAGGCCAAUGUUGCUGAUACCAAUGGUAAUCUUAGAUUUGUGGGAACAGCCAGAAAUUUCAACCAAGACAUGGUCAAAGCAGCUAAAGUUGUUAUUGCAGAAGUCGAUUCCAUUGUGCCAGUUGGAAGCUUUGGUUUUGACUAAGCACAUGUCAAUGGGAUAUACGUUGACUAUCUCUAUUAAGGCAAUAACUAUCUGAAGACUGUCGAGAGACUAGUUUACGAUUAAAGCGUAUAUGAUAAGAAUAAAGAUAUCAAGCCAUAAGGAAAAUAGAAUGCAAUAAGAAAUAGAAUUGCAAAGAGAGCUGCCUAAGAGUUCCAACGACGGCAUGUAUGUGAAUUUGGGUAUCGGAAUCCCAACUCUCAUACCAGCAUUCCUUGA